GCAGCUUUUGCGAGCCUGCCGCAACUCUCCUACUUGUGCAACGCAGCACAACGCUGUCUUGCAGCCUUGCACGAAUCGAUCCGUCGCCGUCGCACACCUUGGCCGUGGCACGCAACCAGUGGCACUGCGCUUACAGCGCUGCACCAAGCUGCAGCAGGCUGCAACCGGAUCGGCAGCGAUCGAGAUGCGGCACGCGGGCGCCCUGCUACUCGUCGGCGCGUCCGUAACGGGCCUCGUCGCGCCGCGGCCGAGAACGAACCCUUGGACCGCCAGACGAGCCACGGGCGACGCCGGCUUUAGUUUAGAUGGUGUCCGCGAUUCAUUAAUCAGGCAGGAGGAGACCAUCAUCUUCGCAUUAAUAGAAAGAGCGCAAUACGCGAGGAACGCGGAGAUCUACGACCGCGACGCGUACGCAACAGAUGUGAACAAAGACCGCCUGCACCCGAAACUCCAAGGGAGAAAAGUCUCAUUCCUAGAAGCGAUGCUGUUCGAAACGGAGCAGGUCCACGCGCGGGCUCGGAGAUAUCUGAGCCCCGAGGAGCACGCUUUCUUUCCGGAAGAUAUAGCACGACCAGCUUUGCAAGAACUUGAUUAUCCGCCAGUGUUGGUUGAUGAUCACCAAAACAUCAACCCCCAAAUCCUGCAAGCUUAUUUGGACCAUGUGGUCCCUCGGACCUGUUCUGACGGAGACGACGCCCAGCACGGGUCGUCGGCUUUGGCGGACAUCGCGGUAUUGCAGGCUCUAUCGCGAAGGGUCCACUAUGGGAAAUUUGUGGCGGAGGCGAAGGCGCAGAAAGAUGAAGGCGCCUUCCGGGAGCUCGCUGCCGCCGGUGAUGUGGCGGGCAUCCACUCCUUACUGGAAAACGUGCCCGUCGAGGACACUGUAGUCCGUCGAGCGAUGACCAAGGCCGUGGUGUUUGGGCAAGAUGCGUUGUCGGGCAACAAGCCCGGCUACAAGGUGGAUCCCGCUUUGGUUGCGAAUUUGUAUCGGGCGAUGAUCAUUCCUCUCACGAAACAGGUCCAGGUGACUUAUCUGUUGAGGCGCCUCGGCCACGCGGACAAGGUGCCGCAAGCUCCCGAGGACUGGCCGCCUUAUCUGAGGGCGUUCGCUUUAGGUGAUACGGAGGAGCAGCAGGUGCUGGGCUACUGACCCCCUCGCCGGCGUAAAGACAAUAACGUAGGAGUUUC